GGAGCCGAAAGAGCCGGCUCUCUAAACAGAGCUGAAAUUCCCAUCACUAGUUCGAAGCAGGCGAGCUUCGAGGCUCAUGGGAAAUGAGGUCCUUUUGAACGUGUGACGUAUAAUGCCGUCGCCAGUUGCUUGUAAAUAGUCGCAGAACGGGGAACAAGAACUAGGAGAGACAAUGAAUGUUGAUUCAUUUACUACAGGGUGUUCGCAGGCGCAAAAUAAUUGAAGUUAGUGUUAUAGAAUGUCUUUAUGACGGCUUUUUUGAAGGCAUCCAUGUGCUCCGGUGACUUCGACUGAGCAUCAAUUAAAAUGGAAGAUUUCUCUGGUUUGGCCCUCCCUCCUCUAUUUGGGGGGCACAUCCUGGAAGCUGAACUGGAGCCUGGUGGUGUCGAGCUGGGACCUGGAGAGGAUUCUUGUCUUCAGGUGGAAUUGGGCCCAAGUGGCAGUGAGCUGCUGGAGAGCGCCGCCCCAGAGGACGAAGAGAGAAGAGUGCUGAAUAAGAGGAAAUACGUGACUCUCAGCAGACGAUGCAAAGAGAUUGAGCAGGUGAAUCAAAAGAUCCUCGGUCGCCUUCAUCAAGUCCAAAGACUGACACGACGUUUGAAGAAAGAAAGGCGGUUCCUCAUGAAGACCCUGGAUGCUCAUGGAGAUGACUACAGAAAUGCUCAGCUCACCAUACUGCUGGAGGAUGAGCCUGGAGCACCUUCAGAUCUCACCUCCGGCUCUGCAGAUGAUGUCAUCAACGGUGUGUCUGGUUCUACCACCUCAUCUCCCGCUUUCCAUCAUCCUCCUGCCUCCAAGAAGAGAAGACAUGUCAUGCCAAGGCAAGACAAGGACAAAGAUCAUCAAACUGAAGCAGACAUGUCAGCGCUGGCAGACGCACAGUUUGGAGAAAUGCCCAGUCCGACCUCACUAUCACAUUGACCACUGCCCUCCCCAGGACAUAUCAAUACAGAUACUGUAUACACACUGUAUACAUCAUCAUGUAUACUUUUUAC